AUCGUUGGAGCGGCCGGUCCCUGCAUUCAGCCAUGGGCUGCAACUCCAUCCACUGGUUCUGCAAAGGUCUCCGUCUGCACGACAACCCGGCGCUGCUGGAGUCGGUGCAGGGUGUCGACACCAUCCGCUGCGUCUACAUCGUGGACCCGUGGUUCGCGGGCACCUCCAGCCUGGCCAUCAACCGCUGGGGGUUCUUGCUACAAUGCCUUGAGGAUCUUGACACAAAUCUGCGGAAGUUAAACUCUCGCCUGUUUGUCAUACGUGGACAGCCAGCUGAUGUCUUUCCCAGAUUGUUCAAGGAAUGGAAUAUCUCUCGUCUGUCAUUUGAAUAUGACUCUGAGCCAUUCAGCAAGAAGCGAGAUGCAGUUAUCAAGAAGCUGGCCACUGAGGCAGGUGUGGAAGUGAUAAUGCGGAUUUCACACACUCUGUAUGAUAUGGAAGUGAUCAUAGAAAGAAAUGGUGGACAGCCACCUCUAACGUAUAAGCAUUUCCAGAAGCUUAUAAGCCAGAUGGGGCCUGUAGAAAUGCCUGUGAAAAUGAUCACCAGUGAGACCAUGGGGAGAUGUACAAUGCCUGUCCUUGAUGACCACGGCGACAGGUUUGGAGUCCCUUCAUUGGAAGAAUUGGGCUUCGAAACGGAAGGUCUUACUUCAGCAGUGUGGCCGGGUGGUGAAACAGAAGCUCUUGCAAGAUUGGAAAGACAUUUAGAGAGAAAAGCCUGGGUGGCAAAUUUUGAAAGACCAGGAAUGAACUCCAAAUCACUUCUCGCCAGCCCCACAGGGCUAAGCCCAUACCUGCGAUUUGGUUGCUUGUCAAGUCGUCUCUUUUACUUUAAGCUCACCGAGUUGUACAAAAAGGUGAAGAAAAACAGCUCCCCUCCUUUGUCCCUUUAUGGCCAACUCUUUUGGCGUGAAUUCUUCUACGCAGCAGGAACAAAUAAUCCCAAAUUCGAUAAAAUGGAGGGAAAUCCCAUCUGUGUUCAGAUUCCAUGGGACCGGAAUCCUGAGGCUUUAGCCAAGUGGGCAGAAGGAAAGACUGGAUUUCCAUGGAUUGAUGCUAUAAUGACACAGCUUCGCCAGGAAGGAUGGAUUCAUCACCUGGCACGACAUGCAGUGGCCUGCUUCUUGACGAGAGGUGACCUCUGGAUUAGCUGGGAAGAAGGAAUGAAGGUGUUUGAAGAAUUGUUACUCGAUGCUGACUGGAGUGUCAAUGCUGGGAAUUGGAUGUGGCUGUCUUGUAGCUCGUUCUUCCAGCAAUUCUUUCAUUGCUACUGCCCUGUAGGUUUUGGGCGUAGAACUGACCCAAAUGGGGAUUAUAUCAGACGAUAUCUGCCUGUGCUGCGAGGUUAUCCUGCUAAACACAUCUAUGACCCCUGGAAUGCCCCAGAAGACGUUCAGAGAGCUGCCAAUUGCGUUAUUGGUGUUGACUAUCCCAGGCCCAUGGUGCACCAUGCUGAAGCAAGUCGCCUGAACAUUGAGCGAAUGAAGCAAAUCUAUCAACAACUCUCCUGUUACCGAGGCCUUGGUCUUCUAGCUUCAGUACCUUCUAACCCCAGUGGAAGUGGUGGUAUUAUGCAGUAUUCAGCAGAGGAGACCAUACCUGGAUGCAGUAAUGUAGCAGACAGAAACACCCUGGAGGGCAGCCUAACCGCUGGAAAACUGUUCAAUCCCGAAGAAGAAAUGUCAGGAAUAGGGCUUAAAUAUCAGAGGCAGAGCAUGGACUAGGUAAAGACAUUUUGACUGAAAAGGUUUGUGACUAUUAGAGCAGCACAGUGGCCGUUGCCCCUCCUGUCUGUGCUGGUUUCUACGUCCACUCCACUUCACAUUUACCCAGUAUAUCCAUUCUUCCAAUGCCCAACGUAACUGAAUGAGGUCUUGCAUGUACAAAAUGCAAUGAAACAUUUCCAACCCAGGUGUGGUUUAGAAUUAAGGGAGAAAUUGGUUAGAGUACAUCUUUUGAUGUUGUGAAAGAAAUAAAAACUGUGGAUUUAAUAUUUUUUAAGUUGUUUACAAAUAUCUGCAGGAUAAAGCCAGAAUUUGGCCGCAAUGUGCUGCUAGCCCAUAUGUUUGCUUUUCCAGUACGUCGUGAAACAAGAAAUUGAAAGGAUCCAGUUGGAAGAAUCCCAUUGGGAGGCUUUUAACACAUAUUGCAUAAACUGGACAUUUUCUUCCAGCGUGGAAUAUUUAUUUUAAAGGAAAUGAUUGAUCUCAAAUUAGGAGAAUUAAAGAUUGGGAAAUACAUCUGCAAAUGUUUGCACAUUUAGCAAUGAUGGGGCAGAAAGCUCUGUUAAUAUUUGUGUAAAUAAUUGAUCGGAGUUUCUGUAAAUAUUUGAUACCACACCAAGUUAUAGAUGAGUAUUUUAAUAUAAUUGUGCACUAUUUAAA